GCUUUAAAUCCACCCGCAUUACACAAUACACCCCGAUCUGCAGACACAACAUGGAGGUACCACGCCUGAGUCAACACAUCAACAGCCCGAACAGCCCCUGCGAGGAGAUGAUCAAGAACCUGAGCUUGGAGUCUAUUCAGCUGUGCGAGAGGGACGGGAAUAAAUCGCAAGACAGCGGCAUCGCAGAGAUGGAGGAGCUGCCUGUCCCUCACAACAUCAAGAUAAGCAACAUCACAUGUGACUCCUUCAAGAUAUCAUGGGAUAUGGAUUCUAAGUCCAAGGAAAGGAUUACACAUUACUUUAUUGACCUGAAUAAGAAGGAGAACAAGAAUUCCAAUAAGUUUAAACAUAAGGAUGUUCCAACCAAACUGGUAGCUAAAGCCGUCCCCCUACCGAUGACUGUUCGUGGACACUGGUUUUUGAGCCCAAGGACCGAGUACACUGUGGCUGUCCAGACUGCAUCAAAACAGGUGGAUGGAGAUUAUGCCGUGUCAGAAUGGAGCGAGAUUAUUGAAUUCUGCACUGGAGAUUAUUCAUCGGUGCAUCUAACACAGCUGAUGGAGAAAGCUGAAGCAAUCGCAGGACGUAUGCUGAAAUUUUCAGUUUUUUACCGUAAUCAACACAAAGAAUACUUUGACCACACUGAGAAGCAUCAUGGGAAUGUCAUGCAGCCCUCACUAAAAGACAACAGUGGCAGCCAUGGUUCCCCAAUCAGUGCCAAACUGGAAGGAAUCUUCUUCAGCUGCAACACCGAGUUCAACACUGGGAAGCCUCCACAAGAUUCUCCAUAUGGGAGGCACAGAGUCGUGAUCCCUGCUGAAAAACUCUUCAAUCCAAACACCAACCUAUACUUUGGGGACUUCUACUGUAUGUACACAGCGUAUCACUAUGUCAUUGUGGUUAUUGCUCCAGUGGGCUCACCAGGAGAUGAGUUUUGUAAGCAACGCCUUCCUCAGCUCAGCCUGAAUGACAACAAAUUUCUGACCUGCACCGAAGAGGACGGCAGUCUGGUAUUUCAUCAUGCCCAAGACGUAAACUUGGAAGUCAUUUACACUGACCCUGUGGAUCUUUCUUGGGGUACAGUGGCAGAAAUAAUUGGCCACCAGCUCAUGAGUUCGUCUACUGCCAACGCAAAAAAAGAUCCCAGCUGCAAGACCUGCAACAUUAGUGUUGGACGUUAAAAGCCCCACUCGGCCCACCGUGAAAGCAGUUUAACCCUCCCUUUCCAUUCUUACCAGACAUUUUGUCCGGAAGCAUGCAAAAUGCAGCUGUCACCAAAAGCAUACACUGAAACUAGAACUCCUUAACCCCUUCGCUGCCUGACGAAGCCUGCAAGGCAUUGCUUGGCAUUGCACUGUAGUUCCUCCCGCAGCAAAGGAUUUAAAAAGCUUUUUUUAAACUUUUUUUAUUAUUUGUGAAGUUGAUGCUGCUCUUAACCACUACAAACCAUUCUGUUCUCUGCCAAUUGUUAAAACCUAGAUGUUGCAGUUUGUUUUUUUUAGUGUUUUUUUUUUUGCUUUUAAAAAAAAACAAAAUAAUGAUUUCUUUGCCAAACGUAACAAAACUCUACGUAGACUGCUUUAGUAAGUUAAACUUAUCAAUAUUGGCUUUUAUUGGGGUGUCUAAAUAGCAAUUAUUUUACAUUACUAAAAGAAAACUAUUGGGAACUAAAAAAAAAAAAAUAGCAUGGAAAAUUGUAAUUUCAGCAUGAGUGAGCUCUCAAAGCCUAGAGACAUCAGCACUUCCAACUCGGCUGGACAUAUGUUAAAUGUUAAACGAUAUUAGCUAACAUGAAACAAAUACUGUGUUCCAACAUCAUUAAUAUGAUAGAAAAAUAUUUUAUUUGUACCGUUGUAUAAAAUAUUUACAAAUCAUAUAGAAUAUAUAGAGCACAUUUUAUUAGCAACUGUGUACAUGUCAUAAACCAUUUUUCCCUUAUCAAAGAUGUAGACUGUAAACUUCAUUGAAUCGUGUAUACGUUCCUGUUACUCUUGCUUCGAAGAUUUUAAUUAAAAACAACUAAAGUCAUUCCGGUUUAUACAGUGUUUAAAAAAAAAAAAAAAUCAAAAACAUAACA